UAACAUUUUACGCUGUAAAUGAUAUUUAUAAUCAAGGUAGGGAUUCAAAUACUGAUAAUAAUUUAAAUAGAACAUUACGAUCACCGCUCAACGUCGAAAAUCUUGUUAAAUCAGAGAGUUCCAGCACAAUAUCUUAUGUAACCCAAUCAUAUAAUAAUAGUCAUUUUCAGACGGUUUCAGAUGACGUUAAUCAACAAGAAAUAUCUUUAUCGUGUGAGAUAAAUAACGGAUUAAAAAAUCUUAUGUAUGAAAUUAAAAGGCUACACAAUAGUCUAAAUCGGUUAGAUGUUCAGUUUAAUCGGGAUAAACGGGGUUUGCGUGAAGAAACAACGGUUGUCGACUGUGUACAAAUGAAAGGGAAGUUCAAUAAAAUCUACGAGGACUUAAAUCGGAUAUCUAAAGCAUUAUCAACGAUUGAUGAUAAUGGCAUAUGCCGUUGUAAAUGUCCACCAGACUCUAUCACGACUGUCGACACAAUAACAGAAGACUCAAAAUUAACCAAACUAUCAUAUGAUCUAACAACAUUUACACCAGUAAAUUUAAAUGAACAUGCGCCUGUCAUGGGUGAAAAAACGAAACAACUAAAAAAAAUUAUAUUUUCUAAGUACACACCUCAAAGUGCAACCAAUCAAUUAAGUAGUGUUUCGGAUUACGAAAUUAUUACUUCAACUUUGAACGAAGAAGAAUUCACUACUAUGUUAUCAUCGACACCUGAAAGUACCACUAACCAAGAAAACACUGAUAGAACCGUCGACACAAAAGGAGACCUAUCACCGGAAAUGUCCAUUGCGGUAACUAAUAUAGUGAACCGUGAAGAUGAUACUCGAACAACUUUUGGACCAAAAAUAAUAUAUUUUACCGGCAGUCUAGAUAAUGARGACAUGCAAACACAUAUUACUUCCGAUACGGCAACAAGUUCAACACAGGAUCCAAACGAAACUAUUGGAACGACAGAAUUAAAUAACGACAGAAUAACCACUAUACACACAGAUAACUAUUCGAAUAAAGACGUAAUUUCAAACUCGACAUCUGAAAAUGAAAAUAUUUCUGAGUCAACUACAGAAAUAUUGGGACCGGAAAAUAAUCAUAGCAAUAUAUAUAAUAUUAUUAAAAAAAAUUCGGGAUCACUCUAUGAAAAUGAAAAUAUUUCGAACUCGAAUAUUCUAGAAAAAUCUUCAGAAUCGACUUCGGAAAAUGAUAAUAUUUUAGGAUCUACUACAGAAAUAUCAGAACUUGAUAUAAAUCAUAGCAAAACAUAUUAUGAUCUAAAAAAAACACCACAAUCGAUAACAGAAAAUGAAAAUACUUCAGGAUCAACUACAGAAAUAUCAGAACUCGAAAACAAUUAUUCAGAAACAUAUGUUACAGAAGAAACUUCAGAAUCGACAUCCAAAAUUGAAAAUACUACGAAAUCAAUUACAGAAACAUCAAAAUCCGGUGGCAGCAAUAAUUACAGUAACACUAAUAAUACAAACAAAACAGUUGAUUUGAUGUUUGAAAACAAAAACAUUAUAGUAUCGGAAAUGCCGGUUUCUAAUAAAAACAAUAAUAUAACAAUUGUAAAUGAAAGAAAUUCAUCGGAAGACCGCGAUGAAAAACAUUUCGAUAAUCAUAAAGACGGACAAAACACUAAUCAAUCGACAGGUAACACUAACACAGAAAACGUUAAACAUUUGACAUUGAAUAACAAAGACGACGGCGACAAAAGUGCCCUGCAGCAACCUGAAGUGAUACAGCAACUAAAAGUACAGCCGAAACCGUAUCCAAUAUGCUUUUACCCAGCACCGUGUUCACCAAACAUAGUUAACUAUCAACAAGUUAAUGAGCUGCAAGACACRAGCAAAAAUCCAAUACAGUACACGGCACAGUCGCUGAGCACGUACAAACGAAAACCACCCAUGCCCACUGUCAUUCAAAACGAUUACCCGGUGUUGUUGAUUUGUCGAACGGACGUGGUUUGUUCGGUUGCCGAUUUCRCGGGACAACCGAACAGGUUGCACUGUAUGUAUUCCGUGGACGUAAACAAAAACAACGAAAAUAAUUCAAACCAAACAAUAAAAAACCUUUAUAACAGCACGAAAAACGCAGCCGCGGUGACGAGCGACGCCAAAAGCGUUGCGAGAAACAACGGCGACAUUUUGACGGGUAAUCUCGAUUGUCCGUCGAAUACGUUUCCGUGUGUAGACAAUUCCGGAUGCGUGGACACCGAAAACUGGUGCGACGGCCGAAUCCAUUGCAACGACGCGAGUGAUGAAAGCCAGUGCGAUUGCAAACAACGAAUAGACAAAGACAAAUUGUGUGACGGAUAUUACGACUGUCCGAGUGGAGAAGACGAAUUGGGUUGUUUCGGUUGUAAUAACGAAACGUUUAGUUGUGGCGAUUGGGAUAAUGUUUUACAGCGUUCUAGCUGUUUCGAAAGAAAAAAUCGUUGCGAUUACAUUACAAAUUGCCCCAACAGCCGCGAUGAAGACGAAUGCACUUUGUUAUCUAGACACCUCGAAAAUCCGAAUCAAAUAUUUUUCAUUUCAUACUCGUCCGGUUAUUUGCACCAUAAUUGGAAAGGAAAUUGGUACCCAAUGUGUGGUAACGAUCAAAUCCACACGUGGGCGGAAAAAGCGUGUAUGGUUGAGUCUGGAGARAUGUCCAAGCCAAACAAAAUACGGUAUAUGAAUGAGCUGACUGCUUAUAACGGUCCGUAUAUCAAUAUCGACGGAAAUAAUCAAAUUAUAUUACUAGACGAUUGCAAACAACAAGGAAUAUUUGUAGAAUGCGAACAAGAAAUGUGUGGCAUACGUUCCGAUCUUAAAUUCAACAAAAACAUUGAUCCCGAUAGAAUGAGAAGAAGCCCGUAUUUAGAAUCAUCAAGUAACAUCACCUCGCGCUUUACGAGAUCCAAAGACCCUAGAGUAGUUGGAGGUAUCGCCAGCAAUCCUGGUGCAUGGCCGUGGCUCAUUGCACUUUACCAGGACGGCAUAUUCCAUUGUGGUGGCGUUAUAUUAAGUGAUCAAUGGGUGUUGACCGCAGCGCACUGCGUUAAUCAGUAUGAGAAGCAUUUUUAUGAAGUGCAAGCCGGAAUUUUGAGAAGAUUUUCGUUUUCGCCCAUGGAACAAUCGAGGAUAGUAACGCAUGCAAUAAUCCACACUCAGUAUAGUAGAUCGACGAUGGUAAAUGAUUUGGCCGUGUUAAGAUUGGAUCGCAGUCUAGAAUUUAACCGUUGGAUUCGUCCAGUGUGCUUGCCCGAUAAUAAAUUGAGUUGGAUUCCAUUCCCGGGAACAAUGUGUACAGCUGUUGGUUGGGGAGCUACGGUUGAACACGGACCGGACCCCGACAACAUGCGAGAAGUAGAAGUACCGAUUCUUGCCGAAUGCACCCAUAAAUCUGAUAUAGACGGUAGAGAAAUUUGUGCAGGAUAUUUGAGCGGUGGCCACGAUACCUGCCAAGGAGAUAGUGGAGGUCCACUGCUCUGCAGAGAGCCUAACAAUCUGAAUAAAUGGUAUGUGGCCGGCAUAGUAAGCCACGGUGAAGGAUGCGCGAGGCCUAUGGAACCUGGAGUAUACACUAGAGUCGCGCUGUAUAUGGAUUGGAUUUUUAAAGCUACUGAAGAGAGCAAUUUGCCACAAAACCGUCCACUACAAUAUUGUCCAGGAAUCAGAUGCAAAACCGGAAAACAAUGUAUUCCGACUAAACGUCAAUGCGACAAAUAUGUGGACUGUAUGAACGCGGAAGACGAACAAAAUUGUGAUUAUACCGGUUCUCAGUAUCAUGUGAAUUUAUAUCGGUCGAGAAACACUGAUCACAGCAAUUUAAAGUACAGUAAAUUAAAAAGUGCUGGACAGCCACUGCGAGAUAUCAAUACAAAUGUCACGAUCUCCACUACAAAACGGACGCCGACAACUUUAGCGUCUGUAAGAACAAACACAACACCAUUACUAAAAUACGAUGUCAACGCUAAUCCUCAGGACAGAGACGUCAUUAAAAUCGAAACUAGUACGACUGUAGUAGUCGUCAAAGAAAAAUACAAUAGUAAUAAUAUUACUAGACUAAACGAUACGGUUUUCAGUGCUUUGAGUCAACUUUUCGACAACCAGUUUACCGAAAAAACGUUCAGYUGUAAAAGAAUAACUCAAGUGGUGUUGUCUAAUCAUCGUUGCGACGGUACGGUAGACUGCGAAGACGGGACGGACGAAGAGUCUUGUGACUGCAAAACGAGACUGGCGAAYAUGUACAAUUCGUCGGCCAUCUGUGACGGGAUCGUGGAUUGUCACAAUGGCGCGGACGAGACUAAUUGCGUAACGCCCAAGUGCAAAACUGACGAGACUACUUGCGGCUGGCCUAUAAAAUGUGUCAAAAAAAGCGCAUGGUGCGACGGGCACGUGAACUGCAACGACGGCAGUGACGAGAAAUACUGCGUGGCGAUCACGAACGGCACUACAGCUGUGACGUCGGAUGCGACCGGACGGCCUACGUUACGACAAUCUGGCAUGGUGACCGUGAAUCGCAACGGCGUCUGGAGGGUGAGGUGCAUAAAAGACGAGGCGGUUGUUAAGAUSGCACACGACACGUGUUUCGACCUAGGUUACUCUCACUCGGAACACUAUGCCAAGAGAAUGUCAUGGGACAGUGCUCUGCCUUUGAAAACGAACAAGUUGAAGAUCACCGACGUGUGCGAAGGACUCUUCGUGAAAUGYAGUGGCAGGAAGACGGUAGACGAGAAACGGUACCAUUGGCACGCUGACAUCGUAGUGGACGGUACACUGGUUCAGUCCGGAGUACUGCUGAAGGACUCUUGGGUGCUUGUCAAAAGAACCGGUUUAAAUUUAAACAAGUCGUACGCGACGGCAGUGUUGGGUGGCAGCACGUAUUCGAUCAUAUGGAUCAAGUCGCCGUACGAACAGAUCGUCCGGAUCGACGGAGUCAAAGAAGUUCCCGGUACAGAUUUUGAUUUACUUCAUUUGGCUCGUCCAGCAACCGUGAGCAGAGGUGUGGCCCCGUUGGGAGUUCUGCCGUUCCAGCCGUCACCGUGGCCGAGUGGUACUUGCUACGCGGUCGGCUACACCAACGAUCAGCACAACAAAAAAACCGAAGUUGCUUUCCUUCGGCCAGAUGCCGGACAGUGCGACGAAUCUAACGAGUUAUGCUUUACUGUGUUACAAACACCCCGAUCGUGUUCAAAUGGAAACAAUAUGUCGCACGUGACUGCGGUCAUCUGUGAAUCGAAUUUCGGUUUGUUUCUAGCCGCACCGUCGAUCCARUCYGACAUGAACCUAUGCGAUCGUAACGUGCGAAUCCGGCUACCCAUGGCUGAAUGUCUGAUGAACAAAAUCGCAGAAAUCAUUGAUGAAAGUGUGAAAAUAAUGCCCAUCCCCUUUUGUGGUGGCAAACGCUGUGAGCUCGGUGAGUGCAUCCCGUGGAAAAGAGUGUGCGACGGAGUACCAGAUUGUCGUGACGAACAAGACGAAACCAUUAAAAUGUGCCAUGAGCGAACCGAGAAAUGCAAAACCAACAACACUCUAUGCAUAUGCGACGUGGGCAGUUUUCGUUGCGCAAACGGCAAAUGUGUGGAGAAAACUGCAUUUUGCGACGGACUCAACAACUGCGGCGACGGGACCGAUGAACCAAAGACAUGUGAGAAWAACACGUGCGUGGAUUAUCUAAAGCUCACGGCCCCGGAAAGAUUAUGUGACGGACGUUGGGAUUGCUUGGACAAGACGGACGAAGAGUUCGCCAACUGUCCUGGUUACUGCAACAGAACGAACGUUUAUCACUGUCAAUCAUCGAACAAAUGUAUAUCAUCGGAACUCGUGUGCGACGGCGAAGAAGAUUGUCCCGAAUCCGACGACGAAGCCGAAUGCAUUGGCUUAAUCACCCCGGCCGGAAAAAAAAACGAAGGCGUAUUGGCUGUAAGGUCGUACGGRCACUGGCACGAGCAGUGCAUAACAGAGGACUACACAGACGUCGAUUACCAUUCGCUAUGCAGAGCACUGGGAUUCAGGCAUGCGGUGGCCAUAAAAAAGGCGACUGGCACCGGUGUGGACUUCGAGAACUUCAUGGUAGUCCAGCUGAACGCCGGCACGGACGUCACCAUCCGGUCGGCAACCAAAGACAUCUUGCAGCGGCGGACUGACCACGCGUGCACCGCAACGUACGUGAUGUGUUCGAGCACGUAGACGAGCUACGACGAUAAUAUAUAAUUUUUAACAUUUAACCAUGAUAUUAUUCAUUAUUAUUUU